AUGGGGCAGGCUCCCAGCGCAGCCUUGUCACCUCACACCCCCUUUCACCCCAACAACCCCUACAGCCGCUUCACAGCCAGCUCUGACCCCUUUGUCUGCCAGCCCGGCCAGCCCCAGCUUCCCCCACAGCCCAAACCGUCGGGGGCUGCAGACUCGGGUGACCCGGACAAAGAAAGUCCUGGCUGUAAAAGAAGACGAACUCGCACCAAUUUUACUGGCUGGCAGCUCGAGGAGCUGGAAAAGGCGUUUAAUGAAAGUCAUUACCCGGACGUGUUUAUGCGAGAGGCUCUGGCUCUCAGGCUGGACUUGGUGGAGUCCAGAGUGCAGGUAAAAACCGAACUGCUCGGGCCCCCGGUAGUGCGGCAUGGGGAGAGGAACCGUCUAUUUGCUCCAAUUAAUCCUGACAAAAUAAACCGGGAAUUGAGUCGGGGAAUGCGGAGGCGAUGCGGAUUUGCUGUCGGAUCUCUAGGUGCUGUUGCUGCCGCGGUGGCUGCGGGCGGGUUGCCAGGCCGAGCCGGGGCCGCUCGGUGCGGGGCGGCUGCGUGUGCGGGGAAUGCGUCCUUCAGCCGAGCUCGGGAGACGGGGACGCUUCCCCUCGGGAUGAGCUGA